GCCCUCCGGGGACCCUGGGUGAGUCUGAUGAUUGGACAGAAGUCAUGUGAUGGUGAACAGCAUUUCAGUUUCAGUUUUCUCUCAGAAUCUCUUCUCACCGCGAGCCUGAUGUCUCUCUGACACACCUGGUCGGCGGUGAUCACGCGCGCACCUUCGCUUCGUGAAGUCGUCAAACUUUGACUUAUCCCGCAAAGUUCUGCUGACGUCACCGUGUGUCUCCGGGACAGUAACUUGGUGAAGUUCUGGAGACUUGAGACACGUUGUGGCCUGUGACGUGUGGCUGCGCUGCGCCGUGAUGCAGGAGGAGGCGGUGCCGCAGGGAGCAGCGGAGCGGGCAGAUGGUGCACCCGGAGAGGCGCCGCCGCGAGACUGCACAGGUGCUUGUUGUCAUGGAGGAGCAAAGAUGGCGGUCCUGGCCUAUAGCCUGGGCAAACGCGAGAUAAAUCAACAUUUCACCAUUAAAAAUGCCAAACUGAUAUCGAUAGCGCUCGUCGUGCUACUCCUCGUGUUUCACACAGCUUCGCGGUACUAUGGAGGUGGAGACUCAUGUGAAUGGCUGCUGUCCAGAGGACGUUACUUGGGGGAGAACGUAUGGCAGCCGUAUGGCUGCAUGAUGCACAAAUACAAAAGCAUCGAAGCCAAAACCUGCCUUGCUGAAAAGCGGGUGGCCUUUGUUGGUGAUUCACGCAUCAGGCAGCUGUUUUAUUCCUUCAUCAAAGUUAUUAAUCCUGAGCGAAGAGAAGAUGGAAACAAGCACAGGGACAUUUCUUUUGAAGACGAGAGCUCCUCUGUUAAUGUGGACUUCCUGUGGCAUCCAGAGGCAAAUAACUCCAUGAAGGAGCUUUUGACAUCAUGGACAAAAGAAGCUUCAGCAAAGCCAGAUGUUGUCAUCCUCGGCGCUGCCACAUGGUCCAUCAAGUUGCACAGUGGCAGCAGCGAGGCCCUGCAGCAGUACAGAGUCAACCUGACAGCCAUCGCUGUGCACCUGGAGAGGCUGGCUGACCACGGAGAGGUCUACUGGGUCCUGCAAGACCCAGUAAAUGAGGAGGUGUUGAGUGACAACAGGAAAAUGAUCACCAACCAGCAGCUUGAGCUCUACAAUGAAGCGGCGGUGGACGUGCUCAACAGCAGCAAGCGUAAUGGCAGGUCCCGGGUCAAGCUGUUGGCUGCGUCCCGCCAGGCUGCGAUGGAAACUAUCACCCUGUCAGAUGACGGCUUGCACCUGCCUGAGAGCACCAGGAAUGUGGGCGCCAUGGUCCUCAUGAACUCGUUGUGCAACAAGCGACUAAGGCCCAUUGACGGCUCCUGCUGCCAGACCUUACCGCACCCAAACCUCCUCCAGAAGCUUUCGGCGUGUUUCUUCCUGGGCUCUGCCCUCAUCUUUGUGGUCCUCCACCUUCUUGGCAACAACCGCCACCGCCGACCUGUGCCCCCAGACGUGGAGAGCCUUGAGGAGAAGAAGCCAGCGACUGCAGCUGUCCCCCUGGGUCCAAAGGCUCCCUUCCAGGCCCUCUGCAGGAUGGGCAUCAUCAUGGGCUAUUUCUACCUUUGUGACAGAGCAGAUGUGUUCAUGAAAGAGCAGAAGUUCUACACACACUCGACAUUCUUCAUCCCUCUCAUCUAUAUCUUUGUACUGGGAGUGUUCUACAGUGAGAACAGCAAGGAGACCAAAUUACUCAACAGAGAGCAAACAGACGAGUGGAAAGGCUGGAUGCAGCUCGUCAUCCUGAUCUAUCACAUAUCUGGAGCCAGCGCUUUCAUUCCGGUGUACAUGCAUGUGCGGGUGCUAGUGGCAGCAUACCUUUUCCAGACUGGAUAUGGACACUUCUCCUUUUUCUGGCUCAAAGGAGACUUUGGCCUGUAUAGAGUGUGUCAGGUUCUGUUCCGUCUAAACUUCCUGGUGUUGGUGCUGUGUGUGGUGAUGGACCGACCCUACCAGUUCUAUUACUUUGUCCCAUUGGUCACCUUCUGGUUUGUCGUCAUCUACGGCACGCUGGCUAUGUGGCCUCAGAUCCUUCAGAAGAAGGCCAACAAUAGUGGCAUGUGGCACCUCGGAGUCUUGGCAAAGUUACUGGGCCUCCUGAUGUUCAUCUGCUUCUUUGCUUAUUCACAGGGUUUCUUUGAGAGCAUCUUCUCUGUGUGGCCCAUCUCCAAACUCUUUGAGCUGAACGGAAGCAUCCACGAGUGGUGGUUCAGAUGGAAGCUGGACCGAUUUGCGGUGAUACACGGGAUGCUGUUUGCCUUCAUUUACCUGGUGCUGCAGAAGCGUCAGGUGCUGUCGGAGGGCAAAGGAGACGCUCUCUUCUCUGCCAGGAUCUCCAACCUGCUCCUCUUCCUCUCUGUCGUCUCCUUCACUACGUACUCGAUAUGGGCCAGCAGCUGCAAAACCAAAACGGAGUGUAACGAAAUGCAUCCUUACAUCUCUGUCGUCCAGAUUUUGGCCUUCAUUCUCAUCAGGAACAUUCCUGGCUACGCCCGCUCUAUAUAUAGCUCAUUCUUUGCAUGGUUUGGAAAGAUCUCUUUGGAGCUGUUCAUAUGCCAGUACCACAUCUGGCUGGCUGCAGACACCAAGGGGAUUUUGGUCCUGAUCCCAGGAAACCCUUCCCUGAACAUCAUGGUCAGCACCUUCAUCUUCGUCUGUGUGGCACACGAGAUCUCCCUCAUCACCAACGACCUGGCACAGGUGGUCAUUCCCAAAGACAGCGUGGCCCUGCUGAAGAGAAUGGGGGCCAUGGCGCUCUUCAGUCUGACUGUAUUGCUGUUGGCCAGGGGCAGCCAGCCCACACCGGGCGCCUGAUGGACACCUCGAUCACUCCAAACUCGCCACGCCCCGGCCGAGUCUGGAGUGAGGUAACAGAUGGCAGCGAGGAGCAGGCCUGGAGUUUGAGCCUGCAGGACGUUCCCUCAGUUGUGUUGAGUGAAAACACAGGGAAGACAGUGUCUCUCUGCUGGCCAUGUUCGAGCAGAGUCUGUACUUUUUUGACUGUUGUGAAAGUCGCACACUGAAGAAAAGAAAAUGCCCAAAAAAAGAGGGGGUGAUGCUCCUUCCAGGGCAAAGUGCAAGAAAGAAGAAGAAAAAAAAGAAGGACAAAACGCUCAAAACGUUUACAUCAUCUGGAUCCAACAGAAGUGCAGAGACGAGAUCUGGAAUCUUAUUUCAAACAAGAGGUCCUCUAAUUUCAAGACCUUACGCUUGCUGUGUGAAUUUUUGCAGCGUCGCUUCUAUUUAGCCAAACAUAUUAAUAAGAAGUUCAUUUUGUCACAUUCUGUAUUUCCUGUCAUUAUAUCAUCAUCACUAGGCACACGCUCCGUCCACAUGGCAGUAGCAGUUGGAAGUGUUUUUUGUUUGUUUGUUUGUUUUUUUUUCACUCAGGUGGAUCCAUAACCGACAUGUUCAGAUAUCUACAACAAAUGUUCAAUCGUGCUGCAAUUUAUUAUCAAAAUUACUUUGUACAGUAUUUCUGGUGACUUUCAAAAAUAGUGUUAGAUAUCUAAAUAUACAAAAUAUGGACCAACGAUUAGCUUGGGUGAUUUUAAAAACAAAAAGAAAAAACAGAAAAGAAGGUCAGGAGUUAAGUAAAAACUUUUCAGUGCAAUUGUUAAAAUGUUGGAUCAUCCUUUAGCAUAUUUUUGCUAAUGUUUUUGUGAGUAAUUUACAAAUGUGCAAAUUGUGCUGAAAGGUACCGUGGUCACCUGCUGUAGCUCUGAAAUUCUAUGUGAUAUGUACAGUAUUUAAUGAUUUAAAUUAAGCUUAUAUUUUAUACUUUUUUUUUUUUUUUGGCUUUGUUUUAAUUUGUACUUUGCGCUCAUGACUGCUGUUUGUGAAAGGAGUAUUUCACAUAGAUAGUUUUGUACCCAUCCCAGCAUCUCAUAGAUGAUAACCUGCCUCAGAGACGCAUCGCAGCGGCUGAGCCUUCAGUCCGACGCCCGGUCUGUCCCGUGAGCCCGCCUCAGUCCGACGCCCGGUCUGUCCCGUGAGCCCGCCUCAGUCCGACGCCCGGUCUAUCCCGCGAGCCCGCCUCAGUCCGACGCCCGGUCUGUCCCGCGAGCCCGCCUCAGUCCGACGCCCGGUCUGUCCCGCGAGCCCGCCUCAGUCCGACGCCCGGUCUGUCCCGCGAGCCCGCCUCAGUCCGACGCCCGGUCUGUCCCGUGAGCCCGCCUCAGUCCGACGCCCGGUCUGUCCCGCGAGCCCGCUUCAGUCUGUGUAUAUUUGUAUGAUAGCGGGCGACACAUAUUUUCUACAGCAGUGCUUCAGCUGUGUCUUUAGUCUGCAGUCAAAAACAUGCCUCAUAGCUCCGGUGGAAACUGCAUCAGCUUGCACAUGUUAUUGUAAAAUAGGACUAACAACUAUAUAUAGAGCCUCCUUCUGCUGUUGCAGCCAGUGAACCUUCCGGUCAGCGUGUGAGCGACUGAGCGAACAAGUGAUUUCUUAAGACUCGAUGCCUUUGAACAUGGAGCGCCUACGUACAGAACAUCUUCUGUGCUGUAGCCUGGGAUCACAAUCUGCCAUUUUCUUUCUGACACUUUGCAUCAGAGCCACAUCAGCAAUUCACAACCACUAGACAAUGCACUGACUGGUCUGAAGGACAUUUCAAAACACAGCACAAAUGGUAUAUUUUGUCAUUUGACAGAUAGACAAUGUUUCUUUACCUGUAUAUCCUCAGACAUAUAAGAAAGAUUAGCACUUUUUAUUGUACAACCUGCAUUUGUGUUUCAUCUUGGCAGUGAGAUACACAGUUAAACACAAGUUUAACAUGAUGCCAGCACAUUUUGAUUGGGUAUAUCAAAUGUUUUGUCCAGGUCAUUUCAGAUACAAAGUGUAAUAUUGUAUUGAUUUUGAAUAUUUCAUUUACAACAGGGUAGUAAAAUAUUGCAGUGUUGGUUGUUUUCUGCACAUUUAUGGAGCUUUCUUUUAAGAGGAAAUAAUUAUAUACCAUAGACUGAAACAAAAUGUCUGGUUCAAGGCGUCGCCGUCGUUCAGCCGAUGAUGUUUCUAAACUGAACAAGAGCCAAGAAAUACGUGUUACUUCUAUAACCUGUCUCCUCCUCAUUCUGUAGACAAGAAUGGCAUUUCCAUAUUGCUAAUUCCAUUAUUGUGUGAAGUUUACUGACAGUUUUCUCAUCUAUGACUGAUCCUCAGCUGUAAAUCUGGUAAUUGUUUCAGGCCUUAAUAGAUCUCGGUCGUGUAAAAGCAACAACUAUUUAUACCCCUGUGCAGGGCCUCUUUGAGAUAUGUUACAUGUAAAUCUUUUUGUGAUGUCUUAAAAAUGUGAAAUGUAUCCAUAUUAUUUAUAAAUGCCUUUAUUCUGUUGUACAUUGUUAAUAAUAAUUUCAUAAAAUGUG